UAAGCAGUAGCGCAUGCGCAGUCAUUGCUUCCGCGACGUACCUAGCCAUCUUUCCAGUCAAGCAAAAGUGAUUGUUUUCAGCUUUAGUCUUAUUUAACGGAACUUUUAUUAAUGUCAGAGCCACAGUCCGCGCUUCUACUACGAAAACAAUUAGCAGAAUUAAAUAAAAACCCAGUAGAAGGGUUUUCAGCAGGCCUCAUAGACGACAAUGACAUAUAUCAGUGGGAAGUACUCAUUAUUGGACCUCCAGACACAUUAUAUGAAGGUGGGUUUUUCAAAGCACACUUACAGUUUCCAAAAGAAUAUCCACUUAGGCCACCGAGAAUGAAGUUCAUAACAGAAAUAUGGCAUCCAAACAUCGAAAAGAACGGUAAUGUAUGCAUAUCGAUUUUACAUGAACCUGGAGAUGAUAAGUGGGGCUAUGAAAAAGCAUCAGAACGGUGGUUACCAGUUCACACAGUUGAGACUAUUCUCAUAAGUGUUAUUAGUAUGCUUGCAGAUCCUAAUGAUGAAAGUCCUGCUAAUGUGGAUGCUGCCAAAGAGUGGAGGGAAAGCUAUGCAGAAUUCAAGAGAAAGGUGGCGAGGUGUGUCAGAAAGAGCCAAGAGGAGUGUUUGUAGGAGAUGAACAAUUAUUCAAAUGGAAAGACUUAUUUAAUUCUGGGAAGCCGUAAGCACUGUAAGAAAGAAACCGAUGCUCAGCAUUAAGCUAAUGGACAACAGUGCCACUAAAAACGGAUAUAGCCUGACCCAUUCUUAAGCAGAAAAAGGGAGGCAGAGUAUGUGUGACAAUAAAAGAUAAAAUCACACAUCUCUAUGAAGUUUAUACCACCGCCACUGACGUACCAUCCAUUGAUACGAAGAACAUAAAGGAAAUACACGCAGCUCACCUUUUACAUAAUAAACAACUAAAAAACUAAUUUACACAUAUACAUAAUGCAAAAAAAUUAUCUGUACGAUUAUUACCUUAAUAUUGAUAGUUAUAAACUUAACUUCCCUGUUCCUCCUGCUCAAGAGUUAGCCCUACCCUUUAUACCUAAAAGCCUGUAAUUUAAAAUGUUUACGUUUAUCAUUGAAUAAUAAUUCCUUAGUGGCGUUUCGUA